AAUAAUUAACAAGGUCAAAACGUGGCUCAGGAAGAAUGAAUAUAUCGGCUUGUCAGGAAGCUGGAAUAAGUUAUGUGAGCUUAACAUAGCACUACAUCAAUAAUAUAGACAACUGAUGCAGUUCAAAUUAUUUUCUAUAAUCUGUGCAGAAAUAAUACCAUUUUCAAGAUAAUUAAAAACACUUCCAUUACCUUAUCAUGGCGCAAUGAAAUCGAAAUGUUCUUAUAACAUUGAUAUGAAUUAAUUGGAUGAAUUUACUUGAAAAUAAUUAUCAUUAACAAACAAUAAUGAGUGAUUAUUCAAUAGAUGAAUUGUCUACAGAAGAUAAUAUUAGCAGUAAUAAUCUGAUAAGACUACCGUCCAAUAAAUCUUCAUCAGAAAAUUUAUCUUCAUUAAUUAAACGCUUAGAACUACCUAAACAAGAAUUACUUGUUCGUCAGAUCAAUACAACUAAUCCAUUGUUUAUUGCUCCUUUAUCCGAUCACAAUUCAAUAAAUAUAAAUAUUUCUGAAAGACAAACUGAAAUCAAUCAACAAAAUAAUCAGAAUAUAUCUAAAUUAGAAGAUAUUUUAUCGGAUAUUUCAUUGUCUACAUUUUGGGAACCAUUUAAAACUGUUGAAAGAGAAGAAAUUGAAAUAAAAUCUCCCAAAAUAGAAAAUAUGAUAUCAAGAAAGGAUGAAAAUUCAGUUGUCAAUUUUAAGUUACAUCCAAUAUUUUCGGGAAAAUCAUGGGCUCAUUCAUUAUUUAAAGAAAGUAUAAAUUGUUAUGAUGAAUAUAAAGAGAAUCCAGAAAGAAUAUUAGACGAUCAUUUUAGUCGAAUAUGGAAAACACGUGAAGUAUGUAUGCUUUCAGAAGAUCAAAUUGAUUUACAAACUGCAUUUCCAAAGUAUUCCAAAAAAUGUAAUAAAACUCGUAGAAAAUGUCAUACAAAUAAACAUAUCUAUUAUGAAGAUAAUAAUAAUAUUCAUCAUAAUUUAAAAGAUUUCAAAAACAAUAUAAAGUUAAAUGGAAAAGAUGAAUUAUCUUAUUGGAAUUGUAAUAAUUCUCAAUAUAUUGAUCAUAAUGAAGAGAAUAUUGAUAGAUGGAAUUCUAACCAAACAUUAAUGAAAAAUCAUUUUAAUUCAUCAAAACAACUUCAAAUCACUACGUCUCAUUAUUCAUAUGAUCAUAAUAAUUAUCAUACUAAUUUACAACAAAAAUAUUAUGUAUGUAGUCUAUGUAACAAGCAUUACUUUGAACAAAAUGAUUAUCAUGAUAAUUUAUUCAAUCCAAUUGAGGAGGAAUAUAUUCCAGUGUGUUCGGAUGAAGUUAUAACAGAUUAUAUCACUUUCCAUACAUCUAUAGACCUAAGAAGAAAGAAAAUUGGAAUAAAAGAAUAAUUAAUCACAGGUGCCCCUCAUAUAAUAGCUGUUUAGAUAAAUCAGAGAAAUACAAUAACAGAAAAUAUCGUAAUCAUUUCAUUCAAACUUCAAUAUCAUUACAGGAUGUUACUAAUGAUAAAGAAGAUUUUCUGUUGAAUAACUUCAUAAUUAGCAUAAUUUAUAUAUCAGAAGAUUCAUUACCACACAUAAUUCCAUGUGAAAAUAUUCAAUGGACAUUGAAACUUUUUAAGAAGAAAGUUAUUCAAAAACUAUAUUCCAUUAAUCAAAAACUUCAAAAUGAAAUGUAUAAUGAAUUCCAGAAUUUGAAGAAACGAUUUUAUUUCAAAACUGAAUCCAAUGAAUUUAAUACCAAUAUGAUUUAUUAUGAAAUUAUUGAUGAUACAAAACUGAUACCUCGUUGGAAAGGUUUAAUAUGGGCUAAAAUUGAAAUAGAUCACAAUGAAGUAUUAUAAGUAGUAAACAUUGGUUUUCAUUCUUGUUAAUUUAUAUGUACAUAUUAUUAAGAUAUAAAAAUAUAUAAAUUAU